AUGCCUUCCGCAAUUCAAGCCGCUGCCAUCCUUGGCGCCUUUGCUGCCUCCGUCAGCGCCCACGGUCACCUUUCUGCCAUCAAGGUUGACGGCAAGGACUUCACUGCCUACGACCCGUCUUUCCAGUACCAGACCCCCUCCCCCGAGGUUAUUGAGUGGUCCUGCCCCGAGUGCCUCGACAACGGUUUCGUCGACCCCUCCAUGUACGACGAUGCCACCAAGAUUGCCUGCCACAAGGACGCCACUGCUGGCGCAAAGGUUGCUACUGUCGCCGCUGGUGGCAAGCUCGACAUCUCGUGGACCACCUGGCCCGAGUCCCACGUCGGCCCCGUCAUCGACUACCUCGCCAAGGUCGACGAUGCCACCAAGGCCAAGUCUACCGACCUUGAGUUCUUCAAGAUCGAUGCUGCUGGCUUCGAGGACGGCAAGUGGGCUUCUGACAAGCUCAUCGCCAACAACAACACCUGGACCGUGACCGUCCCCGACAGCAUUGCCCCUGGUCAAUACGUUCUCCGUCACGAGAUCAUUGCUCUCCACUCCGCUGCCCAGGAGAACGGUGCUCAGAACUACCCCAAGUGCAUCAACAUCGAGGUCACCGGCUCCGGUACCGCUACCCCCAAGGGUACUCCGGCUAACAAGCUCUACACUGCCACCGACCCUGGUAUCAAGGUCAGCGUCUACGGCGGUGACAUGUCCAGCUACGAGAUGCCCGGUCCCGCUCUGUUCGACGGUGCCAGCUCCGGCUCCGGCUCUGACAACGCUUCCGCGCCCAAGCCUUCUGCCUCUGCUCCUGCCUCGUCCGCCCCUGCCUCUUCUGCCUCUGCUGCUCCUGCUGCCACCAGCUCGGCCGCUGUCGCCGCUGUCUCUACUCCCGCUGCCUCUGCUUCGGCCCCAGCUCAGACCGGCAGCGCCAGCCUCGACAAGGAGUUCACCCUCGACACCUUCAUCUCCUGGCUCGAGGAGAAGGCUGGCUCUUCCAGCCAGAAGGUCCGCCGCCACCCCCGCGCUUUCCGCGUCUAA